ACAACACGUAAACGGCUAAAGCAAAAAUACAUUAUUUGAGAAUUAAAAUACUACUUUGCAGAAAACAAGUUUUUGUUAAAAAAUACCAAACAUUAAAAAACUAAACUGCCAAAAAAACAUUAAAAGAAUAAAAAAAACUUUAAACAAAAGUGUGAGUUAAAGCACGUACUAUACAACCCCCCUGAAAUAGAGAAUUUGAAUUUUUAUUUCACCUUAACUCGCCAAACUCCUCAUACACCUGAAUUUAGUCUCGUGUGUGAUAGUGGAAAAAUAAAAAAAUAAAAUAUUGAAUUAUAAGCAAACAACAGUAGUAAAAUACAUACAAUAAUUUUGUGAAUGCAAUAUUUAUUAUUAGAGUAGUAGUGAUUAUUUUGUCGCGAUACAUCUCAAUAUCUACUAUAUAAAGUAAGAGACGAGCCCCGUUUUUCAAAAAAACAACAAGUUUAAUACGUGUCAGUGUGUUUGUAUAGAAAUUGCAACACACCCCCCAUUCAAGAGAGCCGGAGAGCAGAAAAAUUCUCAUCAUAAAAAAGGAAAAACCUGAACUAAAUCGUAGAAUACAUUCCAGCUACAAAUUCAAACUCAAUUCAUAAACAGCCAAAACUGUUAUACAGUCAUACGAUUUAUACAAAUACAUAUAAAUAGAAGGCAGGUUCCUUCAAAAGUACAACAAAGUCAAGUCAUACAGAAGCUCUGAACCAGAGCAGUCAUACACACAACAACUACAACGGCUACAACAACUCAACAAACAGCGUACAGAAAACGUUUUUUGGAGAAAAAACAAAAAAAAAACUAAAACAAUUCAAUAAAUACAAAUAUUUUUUUUCCAUUAUAAAAGCCGAUUCAUUAUUAACUACUGCUGCUACGAGUGCUGGCUGGUUUUAAGUGUUCGAGAUCUAUACGGAGAAAUACGAAAAAAAAAAAACAAAACCCCGAACAGGCAGAAACCUUAAACAGAGUUUGUGAAAUUGAUUCCGUUGUAAGCAUUUAAACGAAACGGUCGAUACAAAUUUCGAAGCGGAAAAAAAAAUUAAAUUAAAUUUGAAUUGUGCUGUGCUGUGCGAAACAAAGCAAAUAAUAAUAAAUUUAAGCAAAAAACAAAACUAUAGAAAGAUAGAAGAAAAUUUAAACAAAAUAAUAAAUAAAAACUAAAUAAAAUCUAAAGCAAGUAAAGAAAUAAAUUAAGAAACAAAAUGGAUAAAGAUUUGAAUGUGGCCAUGCAAAAUGCAUCUAUAAAUAAAGAUUGUUCUUUGAAAUUGGCAUCGACGUCUUUACAUGGUUGUUGCAGCACCAGAACAAUGUGCCAUAAACAGACGUCAACAUCAUUCAUCCACGAAGCAACAUCGCCGCUCGCAUCGCCCUCAUCGGUGCAUUCCUGCUGCGAGUCUCUUACCAAUGGCACAGUGAACAACAACAACAUCAGCAGUAUGAAUUGCCAGAAAAUCUCACAAAGCAAUGGCUCGUUGUCUUGCCACUGCAGCAAAUCGUUAGACGAAACAGACAGAGUUGGCGCUGUCAGUGAUGCUGCCAUGCAAUCGUUCAUGUCGACCGCCUCGGUGUUGGCAGAGGGCGACACUAUUGCAUCGAUAAUAAGCCACAAAACCACAAAUACGCCACCAACGACAGCACCGUAUGCCAAUGCAAGUGUCGCGGAAAAACGCAAGAUGGUGCACGAGUUAUGUCAGCAAUUGCUACUCACGGAUGAGCAGAUCGAAGAGCUAACCUAUCGUAUCCUCCACGAAGUGAAAAAAGGCCUGGCCAAGGACACCCAUCAGAAGGCGAAUGUCAAGUGUUUCGUCACCUACGUACAAGAUUUGCCCAAUGGCAAUGAACGUGGCAAGUUCUUGGCUCUUGACCUUGGUGGCACAAAUUUCCGAGUCUUGUUGAUUCAUCUGAAAGAGGACCAUGAUUUCCAGAUGGAAUCCCGUAUCUACGCCAUUCCCCAGCACAUCAUGUUGGGCUCGGGCACACAACUGUUCGAUCAUAUCGCCGAGUGUUUGGCCAACUUCAUGAACGAGCACGACGUCUACAAGGAGCGCUUGCCAUUGGGUUUCACAUUCUCCUUCCCCUUGACACAACUGGGCCUCACCAAGGGUCUGCUGGUCACCUGGACUAAGGGCUUCAACUGCGCCGGUGUCGUCAACGAGGACGUAGUCCAGCUGCUGAAAGAUGCCAUUGCCAGAAGAGGUGAUGUACAAAUCGAUGUGUGUGCUAUUUUGAAUGACACCACUGGCACAUUGAUGUCUUGUGCGUGGAAAAAUCACAAUUGCAAAAUUGGCUUGAUUGUGGGAACUGGUUCGAAUGCCUGCUACGUGGAACGUGUCGAAGAGGCUGAAAUGUUCGAUGCUGCCCAAAACGGUAAGCCCCAUGUACUCAUCAACACCGAGUGGGGAGCCUUCGGUGACAACGGUGCCCUGGACUUUGUGCGCACCGAAUUCGACGAAGAAGUCGACAGUCAUUCUAUAAACCCCGGCAAGCAGGUAUUCGAGAAGAUGAUUUCUGGCAUGUACAUGGGCGAACUGGUACGUCUAGUCAUAGUGAAAAUGGUCAAGGCCGGUGUUCUCUUCAAAGGUCAGGAUUCCGAUGUGCUCAUGACCCGAGGCCAAUUCUUUACCAAAUACGUAUCGGAAAUUGAGGCCGACGAACCCGGAGUGUUCACCAAUUGCCGUUUGGUCUUGGAGGAGUUGGGUCUGAACGAUGCCACCGACGAGGAUUGUGCCAAUGUCCGUUAUAUCUGUGAAUGUGUUUCCAAGAGAGCUGCCCAUUUGGUUUCCUGUGGCAUUGCCACACUCAUCAACAAAAUGAACGAACCUCAGGUGACAGUCGGUGUGGACGGCAGUGUAUAUCGUUUCCAUCCCAAGUUCCAUACACUAAUGGUUGAGAAAAUCACACAGUUGGUGAAACCGGGCAUCAGCUUCGAUCUAAUGUUGUCAGAAGAUGGUUCCGGUCGUGGCGCUGCCCUAGUAGCUGCUGUAGCCUGUCGGGAGGACAAUUUGCCCAAGAAAAAACAGUAGAUCUGCUAAAAGGCAAUUGAGUUAUACAUAUAAUAUACAAAAGAAAAACAAGGUAUUAAGAUGAUAAUAUACGAAAUUACAAACAAACAAACCAACAAAAAAAUGUUAAAGAAAAUUUGUCGAAAAGAUGCGCUUACUUUUAACGAUAAACAACACGAAUAGAGAGUUCUUUGAACAUUACAUAAGUCAGAAAAAGUCAUUAAUUUUGUGAGUAAAAAACUACAUACAAUACAAUACAUACAUAUUUAUUAAGAACAAAAAUUAAUUAAUAACCGAUUAAAAGUUGAAAGUUUAUUUUAUUUUUUGGUUUAAUUAAACUGUACCUGAAAAUCAAAACAAAAAAAAAAUAAUUAAUAAUAAACUACCAAUAAAAAUAAAAAAACAAUAAACAUAAAAUACAUUAAGGGCUUAAUUACGUGAUAUCACCAAACAAUAACAAGCAGAGGUAAAAAUAACACUUAUUGUAAAUUAUAAAUGAAAAUUGUAGUUAGUACCUUUUUGUAAUUAAGCCUAUGUGCAUUGAAAACAAUAGGGAUACAAAUAAAUAUAAAUAGAUGAAAAAUUACGAAAAAGAGUUAACGAAUUUAAUUGCCAUUUUUAAACUCUCAUCCACUAACUAUCUCUCUCUCUCUCUAAGUUUGUUUAUGUUGAUAUCCUUAAUAGCUGCAAUAGAGAGAGAGCAAGGCAAACAAAUUAACGGUUAUGUUUAACGAAUUUAAUUCCUAAUUUAUAGAGUUAUUAUGCUAAGAACUCUCUUUCAAUUCCUGUAAUCUAGAUUUACAUAUAUAAAACUAACUUCUCUAGCUAUCUAACUCUCUCACUCUCUUUCUCUCCUUUACUUUAUUUCCUUCUUCUUUCUCUGAGUCACACUUUAAGUGCAGUGAUGAUAAUUUAUGGCGUAUUAAUUUGGUAUUGAUUUUUAUGAAAGUGUUUUUUGUUUUUAAAAUUGGUACUUAUUUCAUAGAAAACAAAAGAAAAGCUCAAAAAGACAUGAAUUUUAUCAGAUAAAAGAAAAAACCAUACAAAACAAAAUUAAGCGCAUUCUUUUUUGUUUUUUUCUCUAAAGAAAUUUUUAUAAAAAAAAAUAAAAAAUCAGCAAACAUGAUAGUUUUUAUUAUUUUCAUUUUUUACAAGAAACUAUUGUUUUUAUUAUUAUUAUUAUUUUUUUAAGUACAUAUAUUUUUUGAAUUACAUUAUACAAUAUUUUUUAACAUUAUAUUUUAUUUCUUAGUAGUAUUUAGAUUUUAAUUUAGUUUAAAUGAAAGAUAACAAAAACAACCUUAUUAUUUGUUAUUUUUAGACUUUUAGAUCUAAAAACUAAAUUGGCUUUAAAUUAUUUGUAAACAAAGAAAACAAAAAACCCAAAAUACACAAAUAAAUUAUAUCAUUUUUUUUAUUACUUAUUAGUUGUAUUAAUUGGCCUUAAUUUUUUAUUGUUAUUUUUUCCAAACAAAAAAAUUGAGUAUAUAAACAAAAGAAAUAAAAAUUAUUUAAACAAAAUUUUGUUAAAUGUUGUGUAAUUUUUAUGAUAAAGUGGCAUAAAACAAACAAAUUAGUUGAAUAUUUAAUUAAAAGCUUAAAUCAUUUACCAACUAAGUUUAAAUUAAUUUAACUAACUAAAAUUAUAAAGCUAAAGCUUUUAGACAAAUUAUAUCCUUAAAAACUCAAUGAAAAAAAAUCUCGUAAAGAAAAUUAAUUAAAAUUGCAGCCACUUUAAAAAAAACGAAUGAAUAUAGAGAAAAUCAUACAAAAAUAAUUGUUGAAAUGCACAUUUAUAUUUAAAAAAAAAUAAAAACAAAUAACUAUUUUGAAAUAAAUACUAAAAUAAAUAUAAUAAAAAUAUUUAUUUGAAAAAACAAAACCCUCAAAAAUUAAA